AUGACGCCACGGCACGGCGCUACGUCAUCCAGACGGGUCCCGUCGCUCGGACGGCGCCACGCCCAGGCGAGGCGGGCGGUGUGGCGGCCGGGCGGGGAGGGGAGCGGAGCGGCCGCUGCCAUGAGCACGGACGACCUGAUUGAGACCUUCAGGGCGCAGCUGAGGGACGACCCCGACGUCGCCUCGGCUGUGGUCGCCAUCCGCGUGCUGCUGGGCUUCCUCAAGCAGGACCGAGGGGAGACCAUCCAGGGCCUGAGGAGCAGCCUGCUGGCCGCCAUCGACACCCUGUCUCGGGUGGACUCCUCGGUGGCCGUCUCCUCCGGCGGGGAGCUCUUCCUGCGCUUCAUCAGCCUCACUUCCCUGGAGUACUCGGACUACUCCAAGUGCAAAGAAAUCAUGAUAGAGCGUGGGGAGAUCUUCCUGAGGAAAGUCUCUCUCUCGAGGAACAAAAUCGCCAAGCUGUGUCAUCCUUUCAUCAGAGACGGUGCUCAAAUAUUGACACAUGCCUACUCAAGAGUGGUCCUCAGAGUGUUAGAAGCAGCUGUUGAGUCAAAGAAGCGAUUCAGUGUUUAUGUUACUGAAUCACAGCCAGAUCAAGCAGGGCAAAAAAUGGCAAAAGCUCUGAGGAAGCUGAACAUUCCUGUGACUGUGAUUCUGGAUGCUGCAGUUGGCUACAUUAUGGAGAAAGUGGACCUGGUGUUAGUUGGUGCUGAAGGUGUAGUUGAAAGUGGAGGCAUUAUUAACAAGAUUGGCACUAAUCAAAUUGCUGUGUGUGCCAAAGCUCAGAAUAAGCCAUUUUAUGUGGUAGCAGAAAGUUUCAAGUUUGUAAGACUUUUCCCUCUAAAUCAGCAGGAUGUCCCAGAUAAGUUUAAGUACAAAGCAGACACUCUGAAAACAAGUCAGAAUCUAACAGAGGAGCACCCCUGGAUUGACUACACAUCACCAUCACUAAUUACAUUACUGUUUACAGACCUCGGUGUGUUAACUCCAUCAGCUGUCAGUGAUGAACUUAUUAAACUCUAUCUGUAACAGAGGACUUUGUACAGGAUGUAUCAUCUUCCAAGUUCUUACAACUGUGAUAGUCACCGAAGAAGAUGAUACAAGUUAUAUGGACACGGUAAAGAAACAACAUUGUAAGGAUUAAUGUAAUUAUCAGCCUUCUUGAGUUUUUAAAGCAAACUUACAUGUGGAUGGACCACUAUUAAAAAAAAAAUAUCCAUAAGUUACUACAGCUUCUAAAGACCUGAAAUAAAUUAUUUUAAAGAUGG